AUAAAGUCCUCUCUUAGUAUUAUAGAUAUUCAUAUUUGUAUAAACUUAUUCACGGGCUACUGAUCUGUUUAUUUUGAAAAAAAGAUCAUCAUCGCCUGUUUUAAUUGUUGUUGUUUGUUUCCCUUUGUUUUCUGUCUCAUCUAAAUUCAAUCUCAUUCUCACAACACUCACUCUCAUUUUAAUCUCGAUGGAUGCCGUUUUGACUCAAAACGCAACACAACAACAUCAAUCUAUUACGACAAUCAAACAAACAAAAAUCAAAACCCCAAACAAAAACAAACGAGGUAAUUUCAUUUCUAACACCUCUGAGAAUUUCGAAACAUAUGCAGGUAUCUUGAAUCUUCCUCUUCCCACUUCAAAUUCACAACAACAUGGAAAAUAUUCAAAGCAACCACCACUUCUUCCUCUUCCACACGUUUCCAAAAUUCUUCAUCACAAGCCUUUAAUUCCACGAAGCCUUAACACUACUCAAAGUGGUAAUUUCUCUCGAAAAAACAGAACAACCAGAGACAUGUCUCUUACACCAAAGAAAUCAAAACCAACGAAAAGAGAAGAAGCAAAGAAGAGAUCGGGAACACAAUUAACAUCGGAGUUUCUUAUGGAUAAUCCAUGGGGACCCGACCCGAAACAUUUACCCGUUGUUUUUAUGCCGAGGGUAUUAUCGGGAAACUUCGACGUUCUUUCUGAGACGGUUUUCAAUCUCUCUCCACCGCCGAGUAGUUUACCGUUGCCAAAGUUUUCUCUGCGAUCAAAACUCAGUUGCAACGCAGAGGCUGCGGGUAGUGUUGUUGACGCCGGAGCAACUAAUAAUCUCCGGCGACUUUUACGUCUCCGGUGAAGUAUUAGUUACUGGGGAACGUAUUAAUUACUUACUCAGUUAGUCUUUUAUUUUAUUGUUAUUAUUAUUUAAAUAAAAUAAUCGGCGACGGUAAUCUUGCUGAUUAGAGGUGACUGAUGAAAAUCUUGUGUUAUUUUUUGUUGGUGAAUUUUUGUGACCACCUAUGUUGUUUUUGAAUUAGGGGUGCACAGAAAUGAUGUGUGCAGUUCUUUUAUAUGUUGAAUGCACCAUCGAUUAAAUCCAUAAUAAGUAGUGGGGUGUGUUUUCUUUUCUC